GCAGGAGACGAUGGUGGAGGAGGAGGAGGACUACAGGUAUCCUGCAGACAAGGGUGUCCUCCUGUUUGAGCAAUACUUCCCGUCGGCCAUCAGCAUCACUGCGCCGGACAACGGCCUGCUGGCCAGCACGCUCUUCCCCGCCUUCAGCCGGAAGCCAGGCCCAGCGGACAGCCUGGAUUGCUUCUCGUACCAUGGUAUCUUCCCACGCAUGAAGGGCUGCAAGGUGGAAACGUAUGCGGAGUCGCACCUGGGGGGCACCCCCCUGGUCAUCUACAACUCCACGAGGGCGGACCUGCCGGUGGUCGUGCUGGCGCCGCUGACCGCCCCGAAGGCGCAGCACAUGGCCUCCACGGAGGGCAUGUUCGGCGUGGGCGUGAAGGCGACGGUCGGGCUUUGGCGGGGGUCGGCGGAUCCCUGCUGGCUGGAAGCAGUCGGUCAUGCUGUCCGCCGGAGCAGGGGUCCACGACGGGAUGAUGGCGUGGGGUGACCGUGCUCUCAAGUAUCUCGCGAAGCCCAGAGCCGACAUGUACGCGGGCAACAUAGUAGGCUCAAUCGGCUUCUGGACCGACAACGGCGGCUACUACCACUAUGCCACUGGCUCGAACGAAACGUACGAGGAGGUAUUGCCACAGGUGAAGGCAUAUCACGACUCCAUCGGAGUUCCCUUCAAGCAUUGGCAGUUCGACUCUUGGUUUUACCCCAAGGACGGCGCAGUUGAUCCCGGCGGCGGCGGCGGCGGCGUCACGAAUUGGACAGCGAUCCCAGAUGUUUUCCCAGGCGGGAUGGCCCACAUUCAGUCGUUGUUGAAGAUGCCCAUGGCGAUGCACAAUCGCCAGUGGUCACCGCACUCUGACUACAUCAACAAUCUGAGCUUCGAGUGGUACACGUCUAACGGGGUAGCGAUUCCGAAGGACCCCUUUGCCUUCUUCAAGUGGUUCUUCGCGCAGCAGGAGGGCUGGGGCCUCGAGAUGUACGAGCAGGACUGGAUGAGCACGCAGAACGACAAGACCGACGCGCUCCAGACCAACAUUACCAUGGGCGACCUUUGGCUCGCAGGCAUGGCCGCGGGCGCGGCUGGCAGCAACCGCACCGUGCAGUACUGCAUGCCGUACCCCAGCGAUGUGCUGUCUGGCGCCGCCCACCCUGCCGUCACGAACGCGCGCGCCACGGGCGACUACUUCCACAGCGACAACCAGUGGGCGGUGGGCAGCACGGCCCUCUUCUACUGGGCCCUUGGGAUACUGCCCUUCAAGGACGGUUUCUACUCUAGCACGCACCUCCAGAAGGGGGGCCAAACCAAGGGUCCCGAGAUGCACCCCGACCGGGAGGCCAUAAUGGCGACGCUGUCUUGUGCAAUGGUGGGCCCCAUGGACGGCAUCAACCUCUUGAACGCUACCCGUGUCAUGUCCACUUGCCGCAAUGACGGCAUUUUGCUCAAGCCAGACGAGCCAGUGGUCACUUCCGAGGAAUGUUUCAGGAGGCCAGGUGAUCCUGGUGAGUGCUGGUUGUUCCAUGCGUACUCGAGCGUGCCUACUCGAUCCUGGCAAGAGCUGCAUGUUCACUACCUCUUCAGUGAUAACGGCACGGAGCCCAUCACCCCAGGGAUGGUGAAUCUCAGGGAUCACAGCGGCCACGUAGUAUACAAUUGGUACACCGGGGAGCUGUCUCCGCUCGCCGAGACCAACCUCCUCCGCCCUGGCUACGAGGGGCACGUCUAUGCUGUCGUGACCGUGGCGUUCGAUGGGUGGAUCUUCCUCGGAGAGGUGGACAAGUACGUGACCGCGGCCAGGAUCAGAUUCCAACACGUGGCCGUACGGGAAUCGGACCCCUCCGUCCUCGAUGUGACCGUCGCUGGCAGCGGCGCUGGAAGCGAGGAUGUGCAGGUUUGCGCAGCUCAGGUGUCCAUCCUCCGCGUCGUGUGCAAGAUUGCGCACUUCGGGGCAGCAGGCGGUGUACAGACGCUGAGUUUUGAGCCCGAGGGGCAGCGGCUCCUCGACUCCCAGCUCGGCCACGCCGACCUGGUCGUCUGAGCUCUGGUCCCUCGCGGCUCGCAAUCAAGCGCCAAGCGCGGCGGAUGUGCUGCCCUAAGUGCCCAUGAGCCACGCUCCCUGCAACACUCGCACGCACACA